AAAAGAAAAAUACCCACGCUAAAUUUCGUAUAUACGGAUUGUAUUUAUAUACAUACUAUACUAUAUACUACCCUCCAAAAAUCUUCAAAAACCAAAACAAUAGCGUAGGGUUUUAUUGAACAACGCGAAUACAAUACAAUAGGGGUGAGUGGGUGGGUUUAUGCAAGCAAAAAGAUGAAAUUAUUCUCGGUGAAAAAAGCAUGGAGAGUUAGAGUUGGAGCAUUGGAACUCGGAGGAGGACUAUCAAUUGAAACACCUGCCCUUCUCAUAUCAACUCGCAAAGGACUCCCUCAUUUCAUUCCUCCUGACCUUCUUCCUUCUCUACCUUCUCCUGAUUCUCAUCUUCUUCAAGUUUCUCCUAUCCACUUUUUGGAAGGGCUUUCUCCCGCGACUAUAGCAAAAAUUGGAGGGAUUCAUAAAUUGGUUGGUUUGAACGAAUAUGGCAUUGCUGCUGUUGCUAGGGAUUCUAUUCAUUCCCUUCCUGAAUGUAAGGGUGCCACCAAAUUUGGACCGACUUUUGAGACUCCAUGUGGGAGACUGUUGAUUAAACCCAAAGAUUAUGUUGAAAUGAUUUCUUGCUUGAGGCCAAAUAUAUGGGCUACUUUGGCUGAUGAAGUACCUGCUUGGGUGUCUGAUAAAAGGAACAAAACCUCGGUAGAUAGAACUUUGAGAUGGCUUGAUGAUUGCCUUGCAUUGAAUCCGGCUGUUGGAUCAGUCUUUGGUGCCAUAGUGGGAGGCCCAAGUUUGGAUGAAAGGAAGCGGUGUGCAGAGGAGGUAGCCAAGCGAAAUGUAGCAGGUUAUUGGAUUGGAGGAUUUGGUCUUGGAGAGGCCAUUGAUGAGCGACCUGCUCUUCUACAUGCUAUUGUGGAUGUCUUGCCAGAUGCAAAGCCACGCAUGAUCUGUGGUCUUGGACUCCCAGAGGAGAUCUUGCAGGGGAUUGCUGCUGGAAUUGAUCUUUUUGAUUCAACAUACAUCUACACCCUCACACUUGGAGGAUUUGCGCUAACAUUUUCAUUGGACAAGAAUGGGAAUCAAGAUAAUUUUCAGUCAAAUCAGAUGGGAGGUGACUGUACCAAAAUUAAUUUGCGAGCAACAGUUUAUAGGAAAGACAUGACUCCCAUUUUAGGAGACUGCACCUGCCAUACAUGUCAGAAUUAUACAAAAGCAUACAUCAAUCACUUAUACAAUGUUCAUGAAAUGCUGGCACAAACUCUGCUUGAAAUCCAUAAUACACACCACUAUCUCAUGUUCUUUCGCGUGAUAAGAGAAGCAGUCCAAGAGGGGAGGUUUGAGGAAUAUCGACAGACAUUCAUUGAAAGCAGGCGCGAGCAUUAUGAAAGAGUUGAUACAGUAUCAGUAAGCGAAAGUGCAGAGAUGGAUGUGGAUGACAAAUUAUCGCAGGUUGUUUUAAAGUGACAUUAUUGUGUUGGGGAGGGAAUAUAGUGAUUUUUGAGAACUUUGAAUUUGAAUUCACAGCGAAGAGUCAAAUUAGGUCAUACUGAGAUUUAGGGGUGAAAAUAGACUGGACUACUCACAAAGGUCUAUGACCUAGUCUACGACCUAGUCCACGACAGGUCUCCCGCCAUAGUUUUUUUAGAUUCGAGGUCAAAAUUUUGAAAGGGAGUUGCAAUAUGCACCCUCCUGUUUUUCUUAAUAUUCUCACCAUUAACUAAAAUUUAUUUAUUUUGUCAAUAUAUUUUUUGGGAAGUAUACAUUUGGACUGUAUCAAUAUGUCUCAAUUAAUUUCUGGAACAAACAUGUGUUUCAAAUGUUAAUAAUUUUUGAAGUGUUAUGAAAGUUUA